AUGAUGGAAGUCUUGCCGUCCUUCGAAGAGUUCCAGGCGGGUCCGCCUCGCACAGACGCCGAUGUCGAGAAGCUUGCCAAGAAGCAACUGGCCCCCUUCCCGAUACCCGAAGGAUAUCUCUCCCAACUGCGCGCCCACUUGAAAGAAUUCCCCGACGACUUCUGGUUCAGAUUGACGCCGCAUGCAGGCAAUGGAUUUGGCACGAUCCGAUGUCUCGAACCCGGCUGCUCAUCACACCCCAUCGCACUCAAACCACGAACUAAAAGAGCAGACGGCGGGCGUUCAGUCGGUGUCGGUGGACUCUCCGAAUUCCAGCAGCACAUCUUUGACCAUGAUCAUCACGAGAGCCUACGAGACUACCGUGUUUCGCAGUGGGCGGCACGUAAGUCUUCCUCGGCCCAACCUACUGUCCAUUCCGCCAUGCCGAUCCGCCAUACCAGCAAAGCCAGCGACAGCAAGCCCUCUCAUCUGAGCUUGGACGAUGAUACCAAACCAUCCCAUCCUACCUCAACUUCCAGGAGUCAAUCUACCUCAUCAAAAAGAGGCCCAAGUUCACCACCAAUAAGUCCCCGACACGUCAAAAGGGCAAACGCGACCCCUGGGCGUUCCAGCACUGCCAACAAAACCAGCCGAGUCAUCGAUUUGGUCUCGUCGGACGACAACAUGGGCCGGCCGCGGUCCUCGAGGACGAGCAACCCCAGCCCAUCCAAAGGCCCGUCCCGGAUCGUGGAUGUCGACACCUCGGAUGGCGAUUCGGAUCUCAAAAUCCUCAACGUCAAGAGCUUCGGCAAGCAGGGCACCCCAAUCGAGAUUGACGAAGCCAAGCCGACCAGUUUUCGGGCCAGCUCUCGGGCCAUCGACGUCGACGAGCUCGCGAGUUCGUCGGACGAGGACAUCAAGUGGAUGAAGACGCAAGGGCUUGUGCCCAUGAAGAACCAGCCCCGCGCCUCGAGCGCCUCGACCAGUCGGCUGAGCGCCGCGAUCCUGAACGACGCCACCCCGCGUGCGGGGCGCUCCUCGAGCAGCUUGGUGGACCGCAAGCCGGGCAUGUCGCCGCAUAUUCCCGCGGACGACAAGCCGACUCCGCGCUCGAGGCUGGACGCGGCGAUGGGAAACUCGGCCUACGAGCGGAUGAUCCGCCACUUGGCCGGCGAGCCCAGCCCCAGCGGAUCCACCAAGCCCGACGUCAAGCCGCGUGCGCUGCCCACGGGCGUGCCCAACCUGUUUCCCUCCUUCCCGCAGCCGCAGGCCCCAGCGCCCUCGACCAGUGCUUCGGCGGCCUUCAAGCGCGAACAGACCGUCCACCCAUUCGCGAGCUACGGCGGACAACAAGCGUUCGGCAGCCCGUUCCUGGCGGACCAGAAGCCUGUCCCGCAGGCCUCAACCAGUGCAUCAGCGGGCUUCAAACGCGAGCCGACGGCGCCGGUCUUCGGCGCCUAUGGGGGCCUGGCCUCGAGCAGCCCCUUCGCGGUGGACCGGCCACAGGACCGGCGGGGGAUCUUCGACACGACCGACGACAGCUCGUCGGAGGACGAGGACGAGCGGCGGCUCGACAUGAUGGCCUCUGCCAGCCAGCUCAUCUUCCCCCAGCUCUUCGGAUCCAACGCCAUCCGCCCCGGCGAACGCAUGCCCUACCUCCAGCCCGACUUCCGCCCCGAAGAAACUCACGAGUUCCUCAAACAGGCCGUCACCAACAUGGACUUCACCAACAACGCCACCGUCGCCGAGGCCCGCCUCGAGCUCGGGCUCGUCGAGGGCGAGGAGCCCAGGCUCGACGGGCUCUCCGUCUUGCUCAUGCCCCAUCAAGUCAUCGGCACGGCGUGGAUGAUCAAGCAGGAAAAAUCUAAGAAUAUGGGCGGGAUUCUGGGCGACGAGAUGGGCCUUGGAAAGACUAUUCAAAUGAUUGCCACGAUGGUCAAGAAUCGCUCAACGGAUCCCAAAAUCAAGGGCACACUUAUCUUGGCCCCGUUGGCGCUUCUGACGCAAUGGAAGGAAGAAAUUGCGGAGCGAUCGACGUGCGAUCUGAGCGUCUUGAUCUACCACUCGAGCGCGAAGGUUGCCGACCGCAAGAAAGUGUCGAAUUAUGAUGUUGUGAUCACGACUUUAGACACGCUCAGGGGGGAUUGGUACGACGACGAGGUGGAGGAGGUGGACAGCACGAAGAAGCCGCGCGGGCUCUACAAGAUCGAGUGGUACCGGGUGGUGAUCGACGAGGCGCAGAUCAUCCGGAACCGCAAAUCAAAGAAAAGUAGGGCGGUAUGCGCGCUGAAGUCGAUCUAUCGCUGGUGCUUGACCGGCACGCCGAUCUUCAACACGCUCUGGGACAUUUACCCGUACCUACGUUUCCUGCGGAUCCGGCCGUACAACGACCACCAUCGCUUCCGCGACCACAUCACCGUCAAUGAAAAGAAGAGGCCCAACCUCGCUACGUCCAGGGCCCAGGCCGUCCUGGGAACAUGCAUGCUCCGUCGCCAGAAAAACUCCAAGUUGGACGGCAAACCGCUCAUCGUACUCCCCCCUAAACACGAGGAAGACGUCUGGCUCGACAUGUCCCCCGACGAACGCGAGAUUUACGAGAUGCUCGAGAAACACGCCCAGCAGAAGUUCAACGUCUUCCUCAGAAGAGGUACCGUCCUCAAAAACUUCGCUUGUAUCUUAGUCUUGCUCCUGCGAUUGCGGCAAGCUUGCGGACAUCCCUCUCUUGCGAUUGAAGAGGACGACAGCCCGAUCAACCCCGAGGACUCGGCCGACCCCGAGUACGCCGACCCAGACAGCGAGCUUAAGAGAGCCAUCGGCGAACGCGGGCAAACUUGGGUCGAUAAUGUCAAGAAGAAAUUCCAAGAGGAGGCUGAUGAGCUGGUCAAAGCCGAACAACAGAACCGCAGCGAAGCUGCUGUUCCCGAAUGCCCCAUAUGUAACGAUGCAUUGGAUGACACCUCGCGGGUGACGCAAUGCGGGCACGUGUUCUGUGAAGCGUGUCUGGACACACUGAUGAUGCAGCAACGGGGGCCGAUGGAAGACGACUCGAACACGGACCCGAGCCGGAUCCCGAAGCCCUGCCCGAACUGUCGGGCCCCCUUCCGCAGGAUCGACACCUAUCUCAAGAAGGCCUUCGUGCCCCCUGCCGACGUCAUCGACGACGACGACAGCGAUCUGCCCGACUCGGGAAUCACCGUCCGCCAUAAGAUGCGCAACGGCAUCCUCGACGACUCCGAUGAUGACGGCCCCUCCGAGAAAGGAAAGGAGAAAAUCGCCCGCUCCGAAUUCGUGCCCUCCACCAAACUCGUCUGGCUCUUGGAACGAAUCGAGGAGAUUAAGAAAGAAUGCCCGACAGACAAGAUCAUCGUCGUCAGCCAAUGGACAAGCAUGCUCCACAUAUGCGGGACGUUCCUUCGCGAGCGCGGGCUCCGUUAUGUGUCGUAUCAGGGAGACAUGAACACCCUCGAACCGAUGUCGCCAACGGAGGAGCCAAAACGGAGGGGCAGAGACGCUGGGGACGGUGACCGAGCGGCCGACGAGCUCGAGCGAUUCGGAUUCCGGAAGCUUUCCGCCGCCAACCCUUCUCCGUCUUCCUCCUUCCCCACUACCCUCUCCAUCGUCGACCUUGCCAGCCUCAGACUACUUCCCGGUUACAUCUGA